GCAGCAAGCUCCGGGGAUCCCCCCGGGGGAAGGCCGCGGGGACCGUCCAGCGCGCGCGCUCUUGGAUGCGGUCCCGAAGCGACGCCCCGGCCCGCCCCGCUCCUCCUUCUCCUCCUCCUCCUGCCCGGGCCUGGCUGCUGCAGCCUCCCUUUGGGGCUGUUUUGGGGGGACUUUGCUCUCGUCUUCUCCGUCCGCCGUCCGCGGAGGCUUCCCUGGUGCUGGGUCGCGCGCGGCUGCUGAAGUCGGAGAGACCCAGCCUGGCCUGGAGCCCGGCGCCGGGAGGCCAAAGCCAUGGCCAUAGCCACGUCGGCCCUGCUGGCCCGGGCCCUCUACAACAACACAGCUGAGUCCCCCCAGGAGCUGUCCUUCCGCAGAGGGGACGUUCUACGGGUACUGAAGAGGGACGGCACUGGUGGGCUGGAUGGCUGGUGUCUCUGCUCCCUGCAUGGCCAGCAGGGCAUUGUGCCUGCCAACCGAGUGAAGCUCCUGCCUGCUGGCCCUGCACCCCAGCCUGGCCCUCCCCAGGGACCCCCAGUCCUGACUGGCUCACCUGAUCCAGCCCCUGAACCCAGCUGUGAAGACCAGGAGGUGUAUGUGGUGCCACCCCCAGCUCGACCCUGUCCUACCUCAGGACCUCCUGCUGGACCCUGCCCACCUUCUCCAGAUCCCAUCUACAAGGUUCCCAGAGUCAGGAGCACACCUGGAGAUGCCUCAGAGGUCUAUGAUGUGCCACUCGCUGCCCUUCACGUCCUUUCCAGUGACCCCUAUGACUCCCCGGCCUCCUUUUCCUGCUCUGCAGCCCUGCAGUCCCCUGGAGAGGACGAAGCUCCCUAUGACGUGCCUCUGAUCCCCAAAUCCCCUUCAGAGGCAGAGCCAGAACUGGAAUGUGAGGCGGAUCGAGAACCUGAACCCCCCCUUUAUGCGGCCCCUUCUAACCUGAAACGAGCGUCAGCCCUGCUCAACCUAUACGAAGCCCCUGAAGAGCUACUGGACGGUGUAGAUGGUGGGGGUGCAGACGAGGCCAUUUAUGAUGUGCCUUUGCUGGGACCCGAAGCGCCACCUUCUCCAGAACCCCCGGGGUCCUCGGACACGCUGGCUCUACUUCUGGCCAAGAGCCCCCCACUACCACACAGGCCUCGACUGCCCUCGGCGGAGAGCCUGUCCAGGCGCCCUCUGCCUGCCCUGCCCAUCUCUGAGGCCGCCAGCCCUUCCCCUGCUCCCUCUCCUGCUCCAGGCCGGAAAGGCAGCAUCCAGGACAGGCCUCUGCCCCCACCACCACCCCGCCUGCCCAGCUAUGGGGGCUCCAAAGCCGAAGGGGACCAUGAUGGUGGGCAGGUAGAGGAGGAUCCUGCAGGCCACCACAACGAAUACGAGGGCAUCCCCAUGGCUGAGGAGUAUGACUAUGUCCACCUGAAGGGCAUGGACACAGCGCAGAGGUCCAGGUCCCUGGACAAAGCCUUUUCUGAGGAUGCUGGACCGCCAGAGAGGGGACUGCCGGGGCAGCGGGAGCCCCCAUCCCCAGGGGAACCACUGGCCCUGGCCUCCGGAGACCUCCAGCUCCUGCAUUUCUACGCAGGCCAGUGCCAGAGCCACUAUGCAGCGCUGCAGGUGGCCGUGGCGGCCCUGCUAUCCAGCACCCGGGCCAACCAGCCCCCACGCCUCUUUGUACCCCACGGCAAGCGGGUGGUGGUGGCUGCCCACCGCCUUGUGUUUGUUGGGGACACUCUCGGCCGGCUGGCAGCUUCGGCUCCUCUUCGUGCCCAAGUUGGAGUGGCAGGGUCAGCCCUAGGCCAGGCACUUCGGGCCACCGUGCUGGCUGUCAAGGGUGCUGCCCUGGGCUACCCCUCCGGGCCUGCAGCCCAGGAGAUGGCGCACUGCGUGGCAGAUCUGGCAGGGCAGGCCCUGCACUUCACCACCCUGCUGGCCAGCCUGGCCCCCUGAAGUGCCUGCUCGGCCCUUCCUCUGCCUGCUAGAGCCAUGGUCAGGCCCCAAGUGGCCCGUGGGCUCUGCUCAGGGACUCAAGGCAGGCGGCCUCUUUCCUCCCAACCCCUCCAGUCAUCUCAGCUUCUCGCCAGGUGUCCCCUACCCCGCAGCUUUUUGUACGAGCCAUUUUAUAUAAAUUAUUUAUAUUUAAUAUUAUUCUCUGCUUUGUCAGGGGCAGGGGCAGGAAGGGCCUCUCUGUGGUCGGAGAUUCUGGAUCACAGCCUGGCCUCCUUCCUCGGAAACCUUGGCCACACAGACAGUCCAACUGCUGGAGUCUGGGCCUCCUCAAGCUGUCCUCACUCAAUUUAGCUCUAAAGAUUAGUGCUGAAAAUAAGGGGGGAACAGUGAGCCCUGGAGGAGGUGGUCCAGGAGAGACUCCUCUGUGCAGGAGGCAGGAGAGCUGAACCUCAGGCACUGGGCAUGCACUUCAAUAAACCCUGCUGACUGGC